UAAUUGUAGCUAGUAAUCAGACCGAUAUAUUUUACUAUAUAAACCCCAACCCCUUGCUUCCUUUGAGCCCAUAUCGCGACAUUCAAGUGUUAGGGUUUCUGGAAAAAGAGCUUCAUCUCUUUGUUUUGUCUAAUUCAUGGCGGCCAAGGAUGAUACAAAGGCAAAGAUCCCCAGUAAUGAAGUGACUUGUCAAUUAAAGCUGGAUAAUAGCGCCAAGGGAUGGCACAAGACCAUUUCCAAAGUUUUGAAAACUAUCGAGGGAGUAUCUUACAGCAUUGAUAUGGAAAAUGGAAGCGUAACUGUUACGGGUUGGAUUGACCCAGAAACCCUUAUGGCUCGAUUAGCGAAAUCUGGGAAGAAAAUAGAGCUGGUUAGGGUUGAUACAGGAGUUCUUCGUGAGGCGCGGAUAAAAAAACUGAAGCAGCAACAGCAGUUACAACAACAAUAUUAUUAUGGACAUGGAUACCCUUUUGGUUAUGUUAAUGGUUAUUAUCCUCAGCAAUAUGGAUACUAUAAUCAGAGUGGAGCUGGAUACCCUUAUGGAACAACACCAGAUUACUAUCGCAAUCAUCAUCAGCUCUACCCUAAUUAUUAUCAGCAGCAGCCAGUUAGGCCCACUGCGCCACAUGCGCCACCUGCACCACGAUUAGGUUUUCCACAGCCACCACCGCCGUUGGAGAUUCACCCGUUUUACGAUCCAGAGACACAAUGCACGAUUAUGUAACCAUACGUUCAGUGAAAUUAUGAUACUCGUUUUAGUUUUUUAAUUAGAUGUUUUUUGUUCUUCCUUUCUUCUCCACAUGUUUAUUGAUCAAGGAGAUGUUAAGGAGUUUUGGUUGUGCGAUUCUCCGAGUAUGUAUGGAGCAUCAAUCUAUA